AUGUCGAUGAACACUCUAUUAUAUCAUUUGCAUCCUCCCUUGCAUCAGUCUGAAAAUUCAGUCAGUCUUGGUGGAAUUAUGACUACUAUACUUAUAUCUAGGAAUGGUUCAAUUCAUCCUGGAUGGUACGUUGAGUUCUUUAUGAUCCCUGGUUUAUCUGCUUUGUCAAUUGUCUUUGAAGGGGUGGACAAAUGUUACUUGUUCUUCUCUAUUCCAAAAUAUUUGACUGAAAGAGCAAUUAGGGGAGAAAUAAUAAAAACUUGUGGUCCACUAGUUGACCAACAUGCAAUGAUUGAAGAUGGUGACAAGGAAUUAAAAUUCGAUGAUAACAUCAAAUAUCGUCUUGAGAGUUACCAAUUGCAAUUUGACAUGUCUUACCUAGUUUGUGUAAGUUACCUGGUUGACAGCAUCAAUUCAUUCACAAAUAGGUGCAGAACUGCAGAUGAUUGCCGGGAAGUUGUUCUUUUCAUAUAUAAUAUUCUUAAUUCUCAUCCAAUGUCUUGCACUAUCAUACACAUUCGGCUUUGUUUACUGCGCAGUACACUAGCAGGAAGCAUGCUAAAUUGUCCGAUGAUAGUUGAUAUUGAUCCAAGCUUUCUUUCUCAAGAAGCACAUAAUCAUUUGAAGGACCCCAGGGAAGACAACUUCUCCGCUCUGUUGUGGGAUUUAGAGACCCUGGAUGAUCCUUCCAUCAUAUACGGUUACAAUCGUUUUUCUGAGAUUGAAGAAAACCGUGAAUCUAUCCUAUCACUGGCAUCUGAGUUAAGACCUCAUGAUGACAGAGGCAACAGAAUAAAAAAUGAGCUUUCUUUUCUAAAUGGAGAUUGGGAUCAGCAGUCUGUUGGAGCUCCAUUGAUGCCAUUCGAUGACAGUGAUUUGCAAAGGAAUGAUCAAGGUGGCCACUCUUUUGUAAAGUUAGUUUCUUUUUGGGUGAUGGACGUUGAUCCAGUUCAUCAAUCAAAAAAUGCAAUUAGUGUCAGUGGGAUUAUGAACAUAAGCAUAACUCGAGAUAAUUCCUUUACAUACAAGCCUUAUGAAUGGUCUCCAAAAUUUAAGACGGUACCUGGAAGCUCCACAAUCACCAUUCUCUUUGAAGGGGUUUAUAUUGAAUAUUCUACGGAGAAUAGAGGAGAGAGGUUGAUGUGUCUGAUAGGCAAUGCAACAAAGCCUACAAGAAAUCAAAUUGACUCAUUGGAACUUAUGGAUGAAUAUGCCUUCAGUUUGACUACUAGAGGUAUCUGUGGAGAAAUGUUAGGCGAACAUUCUAAAUACCAGUUUGGUGCUGAAGAACUCUUGAAGGCAUGCAGCCCAUAUCCAUACCAAGGCAAUAUGGUAGAUAAAGAUAUCCAAAUGUUUGCAGGAAAUGACUUUUGCGACAUGCUUCAGAAUUUUGUGAUCAAUCAUAUUUUUGAUUUUGUGCCAAAUUCGGAAUCUUUUAAUGCAGAUAAUAAUGGCAGUCACUUGGGCCCUCUUCUUCUUGGAAAAGAGAUCAAGUCCACUAUUGGAUGUUUUGACAACUUCAAGCUGGUCAUUCAGCAAAUGAGGUGUGAACCUGGAAUACACCGAAAUAAUGUCAGAAAUAGCAAGGUAUUUGCUGUCUUCAGAUUAUUUCAUUACUAUUCAUGGAAAGACAGACAUUUACCAGAAGAGAGAACAGGUCUUUCUGGCACAACCAUUUCUGCCGAGGGAAUAUGGAGAUCUUCAGAAGGGCAACUCUGCAUGAUUGGCUGUCUUGGAUUUGAAAGUGCAAGCGCAGUUGAAUGCAACACACGAAUUUGCUUGUACUUUCCUUGCACUAUCUCCUUUAAGCAGCAAAGUAUCAUGUUUGGGACUAUUUCCAGCACCAAUGGCUCACAUAUUUCAUUAUUGUUUGAAAAGCAUCCAUCAUUCAGUCGUAGUGACCUUGCCAACCUCUCUCAUCUAGCUGAUGAGCUCUCUUUUCAAAUGCAUUCUACCCUUAAUCUCAUUUCCAGUGACCAAGCGCAUAAGACAAAGGUUGAAAUUCAAGUACUGUCCAUAGGUUCACUUUUUGGAGAAUACUGGUAUCAACACAGAACGAACAUUGAGCAACGGGUUGAGGAUCAGUUGUCUGCUUCUGAUUCUGACAUAAUUGAAAUUUCAGGGCAACUCACCAUUACUAGUCAACAAUACAGCAAUAUUUCACUUGUCUUUGAAGGGAUUAUCUUCCAAAGAUCUCAAAAAUGGGAACGAACCUUGAAGGAGGAAUGGAUUGUCAGUUUGAACUUUGAAGUGAGUGUAGAGUAUCCUCCUGAAAAUGCACGGUGGCUAAUAAAUCCAAGGGUAAAAAUCUCCUUUAGCAGCAAAAGAAGUGAGGAAGACCCCCUUCAUCUGCCUUACUCCAAGAACACUGUUUCAUGCAGUGAAGUAUUUCUUGUCAUGCUUGCUAUCCAGGCUCUUGGCUACUGUAUUCCUCUAAUCACUGGAAAUGAAAUUCUUUUCAGAUGGAAGGUAGUAUUGGAAUCUUGCAUCAAACAGAAAGUUCGAAUCCGUAGAGAGAAGAAAGUUUUUCUGAUUACUGUAAUUGUUCAUUUGAUGGGUUUUCUUCUCACACAAAUUUCUAUGACAAGUGCCAGUGAAACACUGCCCAUUGCUAAAAAAUAUUCUUAUAUGAAAGGCAACACCGAAAGGCUGCUUGAAUGGCUCGUAGAGAUGGAUGAUUAUGCUGGUCUCGUUCAAGAUUUUUUGUUGCUUCCUCAGAUUAUCAAUAACACUUUGCGGCGAGUUGAAGUGUUGCAUGCUUAUGGCUAUGUAAGAGAUCCUCUUCCUGAUAAAGGCUAUAGCUACAGUGAACAUCAUAAUCUUAGCACAAGUUCAGGUUUAUAUUCUGAGGUCAGAAAUAUUACUACUGCAAUCAUUGUAAUUGUCCUUGCAAUAAUACUACACAUCCAGAACCAGAAUCAAUAUGACUCCCGGAAUACAUAG